ACAACCCUAAAAACAACAAAUAAUUCGCAGCAGGCGGUUUAAAUAGCAAAAUAAUCAAGUAAAUGAUCGAGUUUGGUCGUUUUUAGUUAUAUUUCUCUACAUACACCAUGGGAUUCGUGCUGUCCAAGUUCCGGAAGGUAAAGUCUACGGAGGCGGUCUUGGAGGGGCUGCAGACGCAGAUCCAGGCAUUGGAGAAGUACAUGAUAAACACAGAGGAACGGAAGCGGCGCUUCGUCAACAACUUUGUGGGCUUCACCAUUGGCGCGUAUAUUGUGGGCUUCGGACUGUGGUACUUCUUCUAUUUUCCGCCAACACUGCAGGAAUGCUUCAUGUACUUGGUUCCGCUUCUCCUCUUUCCGUUUGUAAUCGUUUUUCUGAGGCGUCUGUUUACGUGGUACUUUCAACGAAAGCUGAACAAAAAUGGCGAUAAGCUGGCGCGACUGAAGGAGGAUAAGCGCAAGAUAUUGGAACAGGUCAUGGACAAAGAGACCUACAAGGUGGCAGUGAAUCUCCUGGAGCGUUUCGGCGAUAAGAAACAGCUCCGCCUGAGCAACACCAGCAAUCAGGCUCUCAACCGCACUACUGUAGACCAGCAAAGGACCCCACAGGCGGCGGCACGACUUUCCACAACCAUUGCUGGCCAGCAGCCGAGUCAGCGAGCGGUCACUCCCUACAGCAGCGUAUAUCGAAACAACAAUAACAACAACAACACUCUGAACAACAGCAUCGCCAGCACACAAGCGAUGACGUUGACGUCAGCAUCACCGCAGAUGCGUGCCGUUCAGGAAUUGCGACGCCGCUCACCGUUCCCCAUUGUCGAUGAGCGGUCUCGCAGUGCUAUCGAUCGAAUUGUGGACUUUAUUGUGGGCGAUACUCCACAGAAUCGCUUCGGCAUGAUCUGCAAGGCGUGCCACGCCCACAACGGUAUGCUGCACAAGGAGGAGUAUGAGUACACUACGUUCCGGUGUGCCUUCUGCAAUGUACUUAACCCGGCACGAAAGAAGCGUCCCGUCGCCCCCCGGCUUUCUCUGGAGGCACCAACCCCUGCGUCGACCAAGCGCAACGAUAGCUCUGAGAGUGAAUCAUCCGAUGAUGACUCUGAUAAGGAGCCAUCCGCACGACGUGCCCUGCUGCAGGAUGUGCCAUCUAGUGAAGCUGAUGCUGAAGAUAAUGCCACCAUCGUAACGGAAGAGACUGCAACCGAGAGCGAAAAACCCGAGACUGGACCUGUUCUGGCUGACGUCAGCAUGGCUGAGGUGUCGGCCAGCUCCUGAGGGCACUUAACCCACAUACACCACCACCACAAUGUCUAGGCUCCAGUCAAGCAAAAUUCUUGGAUUAUUUGCUUAUUAGUUUACAUAUUUAAUUUUUUUGUUGGUAAGCAAAUUUGAAUAAGAAGAAUGAUCGGCUAUCAUGAAUUUAAUCCAUUGUCGAAGUACUGAUUUCAAUAGAAUACCAUAUGAUAAUGCUUCGAA